CACGCUGGCCGAGCUGCCAAUGCUCCACUGGCAAUUUUGACGUCGCAGCGAACGGUUGUGUUUUGUUUCCGUCGUGUUGUAGAGGGGCUAAGCACAGCUAAGUGGCACAUUUGUUGUACUGAGUCAGACCAAUUAAAUAUUAUCCAACUUAUCAAAGUGUAUCAAUUAUAAAAACCUACGAAAAAUAACCGGAAACAACGAAUUCGUGCUCACAUCCAAGGCGGUAAUUAACGCUCUUAACAACAAUACAAAGAAUAAACGCAAACGAAAUCGAGAAAUAUAAAAAACGCUAAAGAAAAAUCAUUAGCGAGAAGGUGAACAAGCAAAUUAUUGAUUUUUCGUGUGGGAAAAGGGAGAGAAAAAAGAGAACUUCGGAAUACCAGCUGAAACGAAAGACGGCGGUUUAAAAGGAAUAAAGAAAAAAAAAACAAAAAUAUACGCAUAGGUACAAAAAAAAAACAGAUUUGUUAAUCAACAAUUAACAAAAACAGCAAAACAACAACUUGCUAAAUACAUAAUUCAAAGAAAAAAAUAUUGUGAAAACAGUUUUUUGAUGUUAUUGUAAUUGUGUGUGUCACCUUAACAGUGAAGUAGUAUACAAAUUUAGUGAAGGGGCCGCUAAGCUGAAUAUUAGUUAAAAGUGUGAGAAAUUCUAGCGGGAAGCGACUUCAUUGUUGAGGAAGUGUAUCAACGCAUUCAGGUCACGCGUAACGCACAUAAACGCACGUACGCAUACGGUUGCCGAUUUUGGGGAGUUGCAACAGCGUCAGAAGCGAAAAGGAACGGCAGUUCAAGCAACCCAAAAACAAAAACAACAAGAAAAGUACUUGUGCAGAAAAGAAAACUCAAGCUCAAGCCCAAGCGCCAUCGCCUCCGCCUCCGCCUUUCAACGCCACUUACGUGCUACCUACACACCACACCAACCAACCAUUACAACUACCACCACUCAUUAGACAUUCACAAAGCACCAGUGUAAUAACAACAACUACAUUCCACCGCCAUUCCACCGCAAUAAGAAGAAGAACGAAGUAUCAGAAGAAGUAACUGAAGAAGUUAAGAAGAAGCAUCAUUGUACAGUUUACCGUUUUGUUGUAAGUGUUGUGUGUAUUUGGCUUGAAUACAUAAGUAUGCCGCAAGCAGAAGGCGGCUAUACAGCGCUCGAUAGCGCCGGCACCAAUGGCCAUGAUGGCAGCGGUGGUGCCAUCUAUCAAUCCACCACAGAACCGACUGGGCCACAUUCGGUAUUUGAAUCGGUGAAACGCGCCAUCGGUCAGGUGGUGGGCACAACGAAUGGCAGCGCUCAGGACACAGAUGAUUUGCUAACAGCAACCAAUGGGCGACAAGCAAUUAUUGUUGGAUCAAGAGACCGGGACAAAAUUGGUAAGCCACUGAACACGAAGAUGCCAUCUGCGCCGACACACACGGCCGAGGAGGCACGUCUGUUGGGCACCAUGCCCAUCGAUCCCAUGGACGAUAUUGAAUUGCGGUCUGUGCAAUUGCAAUUCCCGAAUGCACGCGGCUCUAUUUUGGAGGCAUGCGAUCAACGUCGUGUGCCCACCGAUAAAGGGGAUAUACAUGUGGCCAUACAGGGUGACACUUCUAAACCAGCCAUUUUAACGUAUCAUGAUUUGGGAUUGAACUAUGCCACUAGCUUUGCUGGUUUCUUCAAUUUCCCACCAAUGCGUGGGCUGCUGGAGAAUUUCUGCGUCUAUCAUGUUACAGCGCCUGGACAAGAGGAGGGUGCACCUACAUUGCCGGAAGACUACAUCUAUCCUACCAUGGAUGAAUUGGCCGCUCAGCUAGUCUUUGUGAUGUCACAUUUUGGACUCAAGUCGGUGAUUGGUUUUGGUGUUGGCGCUGGCGCUAAUAUAUUGGCCCGUUUCGCCCACACCAAUCCGGAUAAGGUCGGCGCUUUGGUGCUAAUCAAUUGCGUGUCGACACAGUCCGGUUGGAUUGAGUGGGGCUAUCAGAGCUUCAAUGCACGCUUCUUGCGCACCAAAGGCAUGACUCAGAGUGUCGUCGACUACCUGAUGUGGCAUCAUUUCGGACGCAAUCCAGAGGAGCGUAAUCACGAUUUGGUGCAAAUGUAUAAGCAACACUUUGAACGUGGUGUCAAUCCCACUAAUUUGGCUAUGUUUAUCAAUUCGUAUAUACACCGCAACGAUUUGAAUAUAACACGCACGCCACCAGGCACUCCCGGCACACAGCCAUCGGCAUGCACACUGAAAAUGCCAGUGAUCAAUAUUACUGGCGCGUUGUCGCCACAUGUCGAUGAUACGGUUACCUUUAAUGGGCGCUUGGAUCCAACAAAUUCAUCUUGGAUGAAGAUCUCCGAUUGCGCCAUGGUGCUGGAGGAGCAGCCAGCGAAAUUGGCCGAAGCCUUCAGGCUUUUCCUGCAAGGCGAAGGCUACGCCACGCCCCUCUCCACGCCAGCCACUUCACCAUGUGGCACCAAAUAUCAAACCUACUCGUCCAUAUUUUUUGCCAACUUCAAGGAACAAUUGGAGAAACAGCGGCGCGAACAGGAAACUGCGGAGCAACAACAACAACAACAACAGUUGCAACGUCAGCGAAAACAACAAAAAAAGUUGCGGAGCAAUGUGCGCCUCUGCCGCGAGACUGCCAUCAAUAACAACAAUAACACAAGCAUCGGCUAUGCCUCUAGCAGCGGUGAUGCCUCGGGUGGCGACUCUGAUGGCAAUGGCAACCAAUCGAUUGAACGCGAACGUCACUUGCCCGCUUUCGAUGUGGAGCAUGACAUGGAUGAUUUGGACUUGGAAGCGGAGCCGGAGCCGGAAGUGAGCGUAAAUGGUACAUCGUAUACGACUGCGCAAAAGAUGCGCAUCACAGAAAAUCCACUGCCGGAAACUGUGAGCUGUUAAACAGCGACGCUGGGCGUCAAAGCAGAAUAAGGUGGGAAAGAAAGCGAGAGAGGAAGGAAUAUAGGGUGCGAAAGUAGCGAAGUAAGUUAUCGUGGAGUUUAGAGAAGUGGUCGAACAGAGUCAAAGGACCUGCUAUCAGUCAACUUUGAAAAAUGUUUGUCACUGCUAUCAGAAAUCGACGCCAUGUAAUACCAAUUUGAAUAGAAGUAAUGGAAACAAAAAAAAACUUUUUUGACAUAAAACAAAACAUCACGCACGCGCAUAUGCCACCAGCAAUUGCUUGAGCUGAAAAAUAAAUUAAUUGCUAGUUGUCAAUAAAAGCAAAUGCAAAAGCUGCAGCGAAAAACCGCCCAAAAAAUGCUAAUUAGAAUAAUAAAAAAAAUUAUUUACAAAAACCGUUAUGUUUUUUAGUUUAUAUAUAAGUAUGUGUAUGUAUAUUUUUGUAGUACUGAGAAGACAAAACAAGAUGCGGUUGAAAAGGGAAAAUGCAUACUAGGGUGGUGCUUAAUGCAUAUAUACGUAUGAUUGAACAUAUGAUUUGUAAAAAAGCUAGACAUAAUUUUUUGUUAGCCUAAAAAUAUUUUGGUAAACUUGUGCAAAAUUUUUAGUCAAAUUAUGAACUGCACAUAAAUCUUUUGGAUAUUUAAGAAAAUGACAAAAUUUGUUUGGUAAUUUGUGAACUGGACGUAAAUUUUUGGCAAUCUAAAACCUGGACAUAACUUUUUGGUUAUUUAAAAAUUUGUCCAAAGUGUGUUUCAAUGUAAAAACUGGACAUAAUAUUUUUUUGGCAAUACAUUUUUGGUCAUUUAAAGCUGGUAAUAUAAAAGUUCGAAGUAAAUGUCUGCAUAAUUUUUGGUAAUUCAGGAGCUGGACAUAAAUGAGGAGACAUUUUUAUAAAUGAACAUAAUUUUUCUAGUAAUUUAGGAAGUGGACAUGAUUUUUUGGUUAAUAAA